GCUGGGCGGGCGAGGCGGCCGGGAGUCGUAGUGCGGAGCCUGGCCGGCAGGUGAGCGGGAUGUUGCAGGUGGCGCUGCCGCUGGAGCGCGAGCGGGACGGGGCGCUGCUGCGGGUGCGCUUCACCACGCUGGCGGUGGGGACGGUGUGCUGCCCGCUGGGCGGCUUCCUCUUCUGCCUGGCCUGGGCGCUGCUCUUCCACUUCCAGGAGGCCACGGCCACGCACUGCGGCGUGCCGAACUACCUGCCUUCGCUGAGCGCCGCCAUCGGGGCCUCCGCGCCGGAGCGCUACGUGUGGCGCCUCUGCAUCGGGCUCCAGUCGGCGCCGCGGCUGCUGGUGGCCUCGGCCUACUGGCGCCACUACCGGGGCUACCGCUACCCGCGCCUCUGCCGCGCCGUGCUGGGCCUGGGCCUGGCCGAGAACCUGGGGCUGCUCCUGCUCACCUACGUCUCCUCCGCCGAGAACCACGCCUUCCACCAGUAUGCCUUCAUCCUCUUCAUCGCCUCGGCCAUCGGACACAUGUUCUUGACCUGCCUGCUCUGGCGGCUAACCAAGAAGUACACCAUCAGUGCCGAGGUGAGGCUGGCCCCCUCCCCACAGCUGCCUCCUCCUUUGGGCUCCCAGUUGCCCCUCAGUCCCCUCGGGGGCUUCUACAUGCGCCACACCUGGUAUUGUGAGGCUGGAGUGUACACGGUGUUCGCCUUCCUGGAGUACCUGGUGGUCCUGUCCAACAUGGCCUUCCACAUGACCGCCUGGUGGGACUUUGGCAACAAGGAGCUGGUGGUCGGAUCCCAGUCGGAGGAGAAACGCUUCUAGCCGGCACCGGAAGUGGCCGGCCAGCCGGUGGAGGGAGCUCUUCAUGGCGGUGGGGGGGCUUCGUGGUGUCCCUGCCAGCCCCCAGUGCUGAAGGAGAGAAGGAGCCCCCCCCCCACCGCCCAGGAAAGGACUUUUCCACACGCCCCCUCCUCACCCAUCCCGCCUGCUUGGCUCCGGUCAACGAUGGGCAGGAAGUAUUGCGGCCUUCACGGGCGCCACUCUUCGAAGGACGCUGGCGGCCUGUAGGGGACACCCGCUGGGGCUGCUGCUGCCGCCCAGAACUUGGGGAGGGGGGGGGCAUGUAAUCUCCAGGGUGGUGGGGCCCCUCCCUUCCCAUUGGGCAUUGCUCCCUGCUGGGGGAAGAGGCGGCUGGCC